GGGAGCUCUCAGUGCAAGGCCGCUAUCCAGGACCGCACCGCACCUUCGGCCGGGCGUGAGCGGUCGGUGGGGGCCGCCGCUGCCCCCGGGAGCGGGAGCACCGUGGGUAUCGGGAUUACCGGGGCGCGCGGCGGGCCCGGGGGCUCCUCUGCCUUCGGCCGGGAUCGGAGCCGCGGGCAGGCUGUGCGAGAACGCCGCAUAUCUCCGCAUCUCUCCUGAGAUGCAGCAAAUGCCCAGGAAAUCAAAGCGGCGUAAAAAUGGGUCGCGGAGAAAAGCCGCGUUUGUCCUGAAUGGGGUUUACGUCCCUGUGUCAUUCCUCCCGCCAGCGUGGUCUCCAGGUUUGUUUGUCGCUGUUUGGGGUGACCAUGAUCUCGCCUGGACAGGGAUGAAUGUCUUUAAGCUGAAGAAAGUUGAAGUGAAAAUUGAAGUUGUGAUACCUGAGAAGGAGAGAAGCAAGGAAGAGAUGUCACCCAAUGGGAAAGCCAGCCCUCUGAUCUACAAAGUCAAUGGGACUGCCCGUCACUACCACCUCGAGGACCAUCCAAUUGCCAGCAACCCCUACCACAACCUAAAGGAUGUAGUAGAAGCAUCCGUGUGCCAUGUGAAGGACCUGGAGAAUGGACAGAUGCGGGAAGUGGACCUGGGCUGUGGGAAGGCUCUGCUCAUCAAGGAGAGUGGCGAGUUCCACGCCGUGGGACACAAGUGUCCACACUAUGGGGCUCCGCUGGUCAAAGGGGUUCUGUCCAAAGGAAGAGUCCGCUGUCCCUGGCAUGGAGCUUGCUUCAAUAUCGGCACAGGUGACAUUGAGGACUUUCCCGGCUUGGAUAGUUUACCCAGGUUCCAGGUGAAGAUUGAGAAGGAGAAGGUAUACAUCCGAGCAAGCAAGCAGGCUCUUCAGACACAGAGGAGGACAAAGGUGAUGGCAAAGUGCAUCUCCUUGAGCAACUACAACCUGAGCAGCACCAAUGUACUGAUCAUUGGUGCAGGGGCAGCUGGGCUGGUCUGUGCAGAGACCUUGCGCCAGGAGGGUUUCUCUGACCGGAUUGUGAUGUGCACCAUGGACAGACACUUGCCCUAUGACAGACCAAAGCUCAGUAAGUCAAUGGAUUCCCACCCUGAGCAGAUCACCCUGCGCCCCAAGGACUUCUUCUGCACCUAUGACAUUGAAGUUCUGACUGAAAUGCAGGUGGCGGCUGUGGAUGUCAAGAGCAAGAUAGCUGUGUUCAAAGAUGGGUUUAAGAUGGAAUACAACAAGCUGCUGAUAGCAACGGGAAACACGCCCAAAACUCUCAGCUGCAAAGGCAAGGAGAUGGAAAACGUUUUCAACAUCCGGACGCCUGAAGAUGCCAAUCGUGUGGUGAAGCUGGCCACGAGCAAGAAUGUGGUGAUUGUGGGAGCCUCCUUCCUGGGGAUGGAGGUGGCUGCCUACCUUGCAGAGAGGGCCCACUCGGUGUCCCUGGUGGAGCUGGAGCACGUUCCCUUCAAGAAGUUCUUUGGGGAGAGGGUUGGCCGUGCUGUCAUGAAGAUGUUCGAGAAUAACAGGGUGAAGUUCUACAUGCAGACAGAGGUGUCGGAGCUGCGGGAGCAGGAGGGGAAGCUGAAGGAGGUUGUACUGAAGAGUGGGAAGGUCCUGCGUGCUGAUGUCUGUGUCGUGGGUAUUGGUGCAGUCCCAGCAACAGGCUUCCUCAAGCAGAGUGGCAUCAACAUAGACUCCAAGGGCUUCAUCGUGGUCAACAAGAUGAUGCAGACCAACAUCCCAGGGGUCUUUGCUGCUGGAGAUGCUGUCACAUUUCCAUUAGCCUUGAGGAAUAACAAGAAGGUGAAUGUCCCCCACUGGCAGAUGGCUCAUAUGCAUGGCCGCAUCGCCGCACUGAACAUGUUGGCCCACGGCACCGAGAUCAGCACUGUCCCCUACCUGUGGACAGCCAUGUUCGGGAAGAGCAUCCGAUAUGCAGGCCAUGGGGAAGGAUUUGAUGAUGUUGUCAUUCAGGGAGAUUUAGAUGAACUGAAGUUUGUGGCAUUUUACACCAAGAGUGACGAGGUGGUGGCUGUGGCCAGCAUGAACUACGACCCAAUUGUCUCCAAGGUGGCUGAGGUCCUGGCUGCUGGCAGGACCAUCCGGAAGCGCGAUGUGGAAACUGGAGACAUGUCCUGGCUGACAGGGAAAGGCUCCUAACACUGCGGAUGGCUGAGCCUUCCUGAUGCUGCACUUGCCAUGGGGAGAUGGGACAGCAGCCUUGAGACCUGGAUGAACCUGGCAUUGUGCACUGACCUUCCCAGGAGGAUCUCCCACAGCUCCUCUGCCCCUGUGCCUGCUGGGCUGGGGCUCUGCUGUUGCAAUUGCUAUGGAAUGCUGGAAAUGCAGCCCACAGAGAGUGUGGGGUUUGGCACUGGCAGUGGGCAUGGGUGCCGUAUGGCUCCAGAUGCUGCCAUUGGGCUGAGGGUCCCCGGGUGGGUCUGCCCCAUGCAUGUCCCUCACCCCCAUAAGCAGCACGAGUGCCUUUGGUUGCUCUUGUGCUUUCAUGCAUGAUGCUCCUUUCCAAAUUCUCUUCGCUUCCUGCAGAGCUCCAAUGUGCAUCCCUGUGGAGCCUGACAUCUGCUCCCUUCCUGCAUGGCUGCAGCAUUUGCCACAGCUCUCUCUGUGCCCACCCACCCCAGAGGGCAUCUGGGUGGGCCAGGAGAUGGGGUUACACUGGGUGAUCUCUGUGCAGCUGGUGCUUGUGUUGUGCAGGCUGGUCCUGUGCAGCCCUACCAGCAGAGGUGGGUCCCUGUCCAUGCUGAGAGCUCUGGAGCUCAUCAAUCCCCAUCCCAGCAUCUCCUGUCCUGGAGCAGUCCAGGGGCUGGGGUGUGUUCCCUGUUUCCCAGGGCUCAGUUUUGGCUAGGGCACUGGUAGCUUUUGGCCUGUUCCUGGAGUGCUUAGUAAAGGUACCUUAGAGCUGUGAUGGCUCAGCUGCAGCCCUGGGUUGGGUGGCCACCCUUCCAGCCAGACUUGGGAUAUCUCUCCUUAAUGCUAUCAUGGGAUCAGUGCUGUUGCUAGGGUGUUAUUCAAGGAAAAGUAGGUGGGGGAGCAUUUCUGACUGUCCAUUCUCUGGCACUUGUCCAGCAUAGUGACAAGGCUGCAUUUCCCAACCCACCAUGCCAGUGCUCUGCUGUCCUGUUUCCUGCCCCAUGCUGAAGAUGAGCCAUGUCUCCAGCUCAGGAGUGGACCUGGCCAGCCACAGCCCGGUGUCCAUCAGCCCAGCAGAGUGGGGGUUGAGGGUCCCCCUUGGAGAGACUCCAGUGCUUUUUUCUGGGGGUGAGUCCUUCUCCAGCAAUCAGUGUUUUACCCUGAGUUCCAAACAAGAGGAUUUAUAUUUUUAAUUUGAUUCACCCCCUCUGAAUUAAAGCAAUACUAUUCUUGG